AUGGUGAGGAGAAGGCGAGCUGGUACCAUGGGCACAUCCAUCUUCCCGAGCCUUUUUGUCAUCCUGCUUACCAGGUGCUCCCCAGCAGGAUGUGCUGGAGGGAGUGACUCUGCAUCCCACAGCACAGCCAGCACCACAGAGAAACCUAUCCUGUUAGACAACAUCCCAGAUGCUGAAGCCUUCAUCAGUGGUGCAGAGGUGGCAGUCAUUGGAUUCUUCCAGGACCCGCAGAGCCCCGGAGCGGAGCAGUUUCGCCGGGCGGCCGGACAGAUCGCGGAGGUGCCCUUCGGCCUCAGCAGCAGCGCCGCCGUCCAGUCGCACUACGGCGCCUCGGAGAACACGGCGGUGCUGUUCCGCACGGUGGACAAUGACCGGCGGGAUCUGGAUAUGAGCGACAGGGAGGUUGAUGCCAAGAAGCUGACCCUCUUCGUUCGGACAAACGAGCUCCGCCUGGUGACAGAGUACAACCCUGUGACAGCAAUAGGUGUGAUGCAGAGCUCACUGCAGUUUAACCUCCUCCUGAUCACAGACAAGAUGUCUCCAAAGCACCCCGAGCGAAUGCGCAAGUUCCGGGCGGCGGCAGAGCUCUACAAGGGCAAGAUCCUCUUUAUCCUGUUAGACAGCAAUUUGAAGAGCAAUGAACAGGUACUCUCGUACUUCCAGCUGAAGAAGUCCCAGCUGCCAGCUCUGGCUAUAUUCCACACGCCAGAUGAUGAGCACGAAGUGGUGGCUGUGGAUGACAUCUCCAUUGAGCAUGUACAGGACUUCUGUAAUCGUUUCCUACAAAGAAUGCCAAAGAAAGAAGACAAGUCUGAAGAGAAGCCCAUCAAUGAAGAGCUCUGAUUCUUUCUCAGCCAAGAGGAUGACUGUAGCUAGAGCCUGUUUCUGGUGUAUGAAGAGUUCACUCUGUCCUACAGCUCAGCAAUUCCUGAGCCAAGUCAGUCAUGGAUUUCCAUCAUCAUUCCAUGUACAUACAUGCUGUCUGUCCUCUCCAGAAAUCUCUUCUCUCUUAUCUCUUCUUAUUUGUUGGCUCCAGAGCUCUUUUUCAGUACUUCAGGACUUCUGGUACUGCCCUACAAUAUGUCUUUCUGUGCCACUGUUGGAGCAAAGGGUGGUACAGUGAAAUGACAAUAUCAGAAGUAAAGAUGGUAUUUCCAGGGAUCUGUUUCCCUCUCUCUUUUGGGUUUUGGUGCCAUGCUGGGAUCCACUGUCAGCCUUUCCUCACACUACAAACAGGUUUGUUGCUUGAUAUCACAUGAAAUUUUCCAUUUAUUUUA